AUGGCAUGUGUGGUUGCCGGUGUAGAGAAUGGCAAACAGAUGAUUCGGGCGCAGGUUGCCUACGGAAAGUUUGUCUCCGGGGAACCGGACGCUACUGUGGAGAAUGCUCAGGCGAUGCAUGCUGCUAUAAAAUCUUUCAUGGAGACGGACUUUUCCUCUUACGUUCGCCUGGGUGAGCUGGACAUAGGGGGCCUUCGUCAGAUGUGCGAUGAUCCUGACUCCGAAGAAGGCCAUCUUGAAGGUGGUUCUUCUCACGUUGGACCUUACUCCACCACUCAGUAA